AUGCCUGGAGUUCCCAUCGACGCCCUUGACAACCUCAAGGCCAAGUUCAAGGCUAUCUUCAAGAAGAAGGACGAGAAGAAGGCCGACUCGAAGCCCACUGAGCCCACGCCUGCUGCUGCUCCCCCCGCUACUACUACACCCGCUACCGAGCCUACGAAGACUGAGGCUGCCCCGGCCGCCGCUCCUGCCACUGAGCCAGCUGUUCCUGCUGCCGCUCCCGCUUCCGAGCCGGCCAAAGCCUCUGAGGCCGAGGCCAAGCCGGACGCAGCUCCGGUGACGACCGAAGCCGCCAAGGCCCCCGAAGCCACUCCUGCUGCUGCUCCGCCCGUGACUGCGGAAGCUCCCAAAGCCGCUGAAGUCUCAACCGCCACCCCUUCGACACAGGUUACCGAACCCGCGAAGGCUGAGACCCCCGUGAUCACCACCACCGCCCCGGCCGCUGAGACCGCUCCUGCGCCUGCACCCGCUGCUGCUGCUGCUGCUACUGAGACAGCCGCACCUGCUCCGGCUGCCGAGCCUGCGAAGACGGAGACUCCCGCGGCCACUGACGCCCCCAAGCCUGCAGAGAAGGCCGAGGAGAAGAAGGAGGCUCCUCCCGCCUAG